UGAAAACUGCACUUUUUUUAUUGUUGAUUAAAAAAUCUGAAAUUACUUUGUUAUUAAUUGAUUUUACGUAAUUUUAGGAAAUUCGGAUUUCUUAUCUAUACGCAGCAAAGCGAUUUCAUCGUCAAUUAAGUUUGGAUUUCCUGGAUUUCUCUAAUUUUAUUGCCAUUCUACGUCACUAAAAUGGCACAAACAUUAGAUGAUGCGCUACUUGCUGCUGGCAGAGCUGUGCAAUCUGACAGAAAUGGCCAAUAUAAACAAGCCUUGUAUUAUUAUGAUAUUGCUGUAAAACUUCUUACUAAAUUGGAAUUGGAUGACAUGUAUGGAGAAAAGAUUUCAGAUUACCGAGAGAGGAUGUCAUCAAUACAGCAUCUUAUUCAUGAGGAGGAACAAAAGAGUCAUAAGCCAGAACCUUUACAUCAGUCUGAGUUACAAAGAUGUAAAUUUCUCAUGAACCAAGCAUUGGAUGCGGAUGAGGCAGGUUUAAAAGAUAUCGCAAUAAAGUUAUACACUGAUGCUGCUGAACUUGGUCUUAGUACAAAAACUGUUGAUGCAGAUGUAAAAGCAAAAUUGACAAAUCUUGUUAGAGUUGCUGUCGAGCGAGCAGAAUCAUUAAAAGGAAUAAAAGCUACUGAGGAUAACAGUAUUAUGAAAAGUCUUGCUAAACUACCAUCUGUACCAGAAACUAAUUUUCCAAGUAUUGAACAACCAAUACAACCCGAACAACCAGUAAAUACAUCAACUACUCCAGUAAGAAAUGCUAAACCUUCGCUUCAUCGGGGAAGCAGUGCUCAUCUGAAAGUAACUGGUGGUAAUACCAAUUAUACUGAAGAGGAGAAAAGAGUAUUGCUUUACAGCUCUCACAUAAAUGAUCAUGAGUUUGUACCAUUUAUGAAUAUUGAUCUUGCUGAAAAAUUUCAAUAUCAUAUUCCAUUUACUGACAAGGAUGGAUUAUUAGAACUAGCACCAAAGCAAAAGCCUGAUUUUGCUGGUUUUCGUCGACCAGAAGAAUUAUAUUCUGAUCCUAAAAUGGUCAUCGGUCAUCAUGUUGACUACUUCAGCAUAAAACAGACAGUAGUUUCUGACUGUUCUUUUGUUGCUUCGCUUGCUGUGAGUGCUCAAUAUGAAAAAAAGUUUGGGAGAAGACUUAUAACAUCCAUUAUUUAUCCCAAGAAUAAACAGAAGGAGCCUAUAUAUAACCCAUUUGGAAAAUACAUGGUGAAACUACACAUCAAUGGCAUUCCACGUAAAGUAAUAAUAGAUGAUCUUCUGCCUGUAAGCCGAUACAACCAAUUACUCUGUUCCUACUCUAGCAAUCGUGGAGAACUAUGGAUUUCAUUGCUCGAAAAGGCUUAUAUGAAAGUAAUGGGUGGUUAUGAUUUUCCUGGAUCAAACAGUAAUAUAGAUUUACAUGCCUUAACUGGCUGGAUACCCGAAAGAUGGGCGAUAAGACCAAAUGAAGCAGAUUUUAAUAAGGAUAAUCUCUUUGAUACUUUAUUAUUACGACUUCAUAAAGGAGAUGUACUAGUCACUGUAGCCACAGGAGAGUUAUCGGAUUUGGAUGCAGAUCGUACGGGCCUUGUACCGAGUCAUGCAUAUGCCGUUCUUGACGUGAAAAAGAUUAAUGGAGAAAGAUUAUUACAAUUAAAAAAUCCAUGGUCCCAUUUGCGAUGGAGGGGCAAUUAUUCGGAACUCGAUAUAAAACAUUGGACUUCAGCUUUGAAGGAAGCUUUGAACUACGAUCCAGAAUCUGCUUCGGAAUUUGAUAAUGGUGUUUUUUGGAUUGAUUAUGAUAGUAUAUGUCGAUUCUUUGAUGUAUUUUAUUUAAACUGGAAUCCAGGACUCUUUAAUUAUACUUAUUGCAUACAUCAAAUGUGGAAAGCUGGUAUUGGACCUGUAAAGGACGCAUAUAAUAUUGGUGAUAAUCCACAAUUUUCAUUAGAAGUACUUAGCAAAGGAUCUGGUGCUAUUUGGAUACUUCUUACAAGGCAUAUUACAGAUAUAGCAGAUUUCCGGCAAAAUCAGGAAUAUAUCACAGUUUUAAUUUAUCGUCAUGACGGAAAAAGAGUGUAUUAUCCAUAUGAUCCACCGCCAUAUAUUGAGGGUGUGAAAAUAAAUAGCCCGCAUUAUUUGUGUAAAAUCAAACUUGGAGAGCAAAGUGACACAAAAUAUACUUUGGUCAUAUCUCAGUAUGAGAAAACGAAUACAAUCUAUUAUACACUUCGUGCAUAUGGAACAUGUCGAUUCAUAUUGCAAAAAAUACCUCAAUUGUUUAAAUAUGAAAAAGAGGUAACAGGUCAAUGGAAGGGUAUUACAGCAGGAGGAUGUGGCAAUCAUCCGACAUACACGAAUAAUCCACGAUAUCAAAUAAUACUCGAAAGUGCUAAUAAUAAUAAUUAUUUAUUAAUUAUUUUGAAAGGACCUAAACAGUAUCAAAUAGGCUUUGACAUUAAUACCGUUGUAUUAAAUGAUGUAAAUGCAACGACUGCAUUUCAAACUAAAACUUCUGGAGCAUUUAGAUCCGGAUUUGUAUAUUUGGAACUGCAAGAUGUACCAGCAGGAACAUAUCAUAUUAUUCCCUCAACAUACAUACCUGGUCAGGAAGGACCAUUCUUUUUAAUUUCUAAGUCAUCUUGUAAUUUACAGCUUCAACUUCUUUAGCAAAUUAAAUAAAUUGUUGAACUAUAACUUUA